AUGGCCAUUGUGGGAAUGCCAGGGCUGGGAAAGACAACCUUGGCUCUAUCCAUAUACGAAGAAGUUGAAAUGAAAAAUGAUUUUGACAAAUUAAUAUGGGUUAAGGUAUCUGUCCCUUUUGAUGUCAAUUCAAUCUUAAAUAAGAUCUCAAAAUUUCUUAGCCCAACAACAGCUGAAAUAACAGAAAAUCAGGAUGGGCUUGAAAUCCUCAAACAAGAGUUGAAAGGGAAAAUGUAUUUUCUUGUUCUCGAUGAUGUUUGGAAUGAAGAUCGUGAAAAAUGGGAAAAAUUGAAGACUGGUUUGUCAGCACUUGAUUCUGCUCGGGGCAGAAUUAUUGUCACUACCUCUAGUGCCCAAGUUGCAUCUAUUACAGGAACACUUAAGAGGUGUGAUUUGAGAUGUCUAUCAGAAGAUGAAUGUUGGUCCAUAUUGAAGCAUAAAGCAGGUAUUGAUGAUAGUGCUCCAAUGUCUCCAGAUCUUGAGAAGAUUGGAAGGGAGAUUGUGAAAAGGUGUGGGGGUGUACCACUAGUUGCACAGGUUUUCGGGAGCAGGAUGCAUAAUAAAACUAAAGAGGAAUGGUUGUCAAUUCAAAAAACAAGAACUUGGGAUUUACCAGGAGGGGAAAGAAUCUUGUCGGAUUUGAAGUUGAGUUUUGAUAAUUUGACAUCACCUUUUUUGAAACAAUGUUUUGCUUAUUGCUCAAUGUUCAAAAAAGAUUUUGAAAUUGAAAAAGAUAACCUGAUCCAACUGUGGAUGGCUCAAGGACUGCCGUUUCACCAUUCUCCCAACAGAAGUGAUCAAGAGAUAGAGGACAUAGGCAAUGAAUAUUUUAAUACUUUGUGGGAAAAUUGCUUAUUCCAUGAUGCUACGAAGGAUGAUUGUGGUACCAUUACCAAAUGCAAGAUGCACGAUGUUGUGCAUGAUUUUGCAGAGCUUGUAGCCAUAUCUGAAAGCUUGACAUGGGAUUCUAAUAUUGAUGAGAUGGAUGGGAAACGAACAAUUAGACAUGUUGCAGGAGUUCCUACUUCAGUAUUUGAAAAAACUCCAGAGAAAUUGCGCUCACUGUUUUCGAAUGAUGCUGUCCCUUAG